UUAAUAAUGAAUCUUUUACUUUUCCUAGUAAUUAUUACGAUGUUUUGCAGCGGAAACGCUCUUCAUAUGGAUACUAUGGCCACGAAUCAGGCGGAUUCUUCGUAUUUUGUUAAUGGAGCACCCGAGGACUGUCAAAUUUCUGCAAGCAACCAAGUUGUUGGAGUUUACUGUGCUGAGCAAAAGUAUUUGUUCUUUCACAAAAAGGAUGAAUUCUUCAAUGGAGAUUUACCCACUCAAAAUAAAUACUCUAGCUCUUAGUCAUUCCAUGCUUUUCUUCUUGAGAUAUAUUCGAAUGGUUAUAAGUUUCAUCAAAGUGCUAUAACUUUGUAUAGAAGUCGAAAAUCUGGAGGAAGAUUAUAAACACGCUAAAGUUCACAAAGGAAGCGGAGACUACUUCAUAACCUCAACUAAAGGCCAGUGGUCUAACUGCGUUAUAACCCAAGUAAUAAACGGCGAAAUAAAAACCGAACAUUGGUUUGUUUUCAAUACUACUACAAAACAGAAAAGAGCAUGAUUAAAAAGAAAUCAAGAAUAAAAAUAUAAUCAACAAAAGAAGCAGAAUAACUAUUCGAAGGAUUAUUCCUCAAUCUCAGACAUAGAGGAUUAUUCAUCACAUUCUGAUAAAUUUGCACAUUCUAAACCUACUCCAACAGAGGUAAUUCUUCUUGAUGAUGAAGAUGAUAUUCCAAGAUACUAAACCACUAAUAAUACCUCAAAACUUAUGUUUAGAAUCAGAAAAGUCCAAAAAGGGAAACUACAACGAGAAAACAACAAAUUCCAAAUUCCAAAAGACUCUCAUGAAGGCUACCAGGGACAGAACAUAAUAAGAAAAAUAAAGAGCAAGAACAAAAAAUUCAACCAAGGGAAUUGGAGGAAUAAAGGAGAAACUUUCGCUCAAAACUGGGCCAAAGAUGCUUGGGAAAUCGAAAGACCAGGGAAGAAAGGUAGAAAUAAUAAAAAACAUAGAAGGCAGUUUUAG